CAUGCAGAACUGACCCAGACUAUAAAUAAUGCUGACAAAUUUUCAGAAGAAAAGAACACUGAACCUGGAGAAAACAAGGGGAAAGGUUGUGAAAUGAAGAUAAAUAUUAUUGCGGGGCAGUUUUUCCUGAAAAUCAUGCCAGUGUUGCUGUUGUUGGUUCUGGUUUGCCCGACCAUGGCUUCUCCUUCGCAGCUGUCUGCAGUAGACGCAUGUGGACCAGAGGUUGCAGCUCUCAAGCGCAACAUAAAGAAACUGGAGAAUCAGCUCUUCAUCAGGACUUGGCAGGUUGAGCACUUGCAGACACACAAAUACUUCCAGCCACUUCAGCCUGUUGUGUCUGACAGUACAGCGCCAAGUGACGCAGCCUCUGACGUAAACCGCAACAACAGUGUGGGUUUGGACAACACACUGAUGAAAGCACUCCCAUCAGCAGGCAGUUUAAUCGUCUAUGACAAAGACUGUUCUGAAUUGCUCGACAGACGGAACUCACCGAGCGGCUUCUACCGCAUCAGACCCAAAGUACACCAGGAUCCUUUUCUAGUCUACUGUGACAUGGAAGACGGAGGAGGGUGGACAGUGUUUCAGAGACGUCGGCAUGGAAAAGUGGACUUCUACAGAGACUGGGUGGACUACAGAGACGGCUUUGGGGAAUUCAAAUUGUGGAAUGAUGAGUUUUGGUUGGGGAAUGAACACAUUCAUUCUCUGCUCUCAGAAGGUAACAACCUGGUGAAGAUAGAUCUGAUGGACUGGGAUGGAAAGAGAAGCUACGCAUUUUAUGAGAACUUCAGGAUCACCAAUGAGGCUGAUAAGUAUCGCCUCCAGUAUGGGCAGUACAGUGGGCCGGCCGGAGAUGCACUGACGAGUAGUGGUGGUGGGGUUGUGGAGCAGUGGUCCUCCUGCCUCAGUGGCAUGCAGUUCAGCACCAAGGAUCAGGACAACGACCGCUACCGUCAUGGAAGCUGUGCGCAAGAGAACAAGGGAGGUUGGUGGUUCAACAGAUGUCAUGCAGCCAAUCUAAAUGGAAACUUCUACCGCAAAGGGAAGUACAACUCCGAGUAUGACAACGGCGUGGUGUGGGGGACCUGGAAAGGCCUUUGGUAUUCCCUGAGACACACCGCCAUGAAGGUGCGGCCUCUGGUUUUCUUGGACACCGCGGGCAGCGGAGGAGGGGGAAUAUGAAAAACACUGUAUUCACUUCUGUAAGGCUAAAAAAUAAGAGCAUAGACUAAUAGUAAUGUUUCAGUUCUUUACAUUUUAUUUUCUCCCUUUUCUUCAUUUUUUAAUCAAACAGUAUUUUUUCAUUUUCCGUGAGCAUUUCUGUCUACAAAAUGUAUAUUAUUUCAGCAUUAAAACAAACAGCAUAACAGCUA